AUGAUGAAAAAAAGCGCACGCUUGUGGCAAGGAAUUCAGCCUGAGCUUCAUCGCUACUCUCACGCGACAUUUCAUGAAGGAACGCAUAGACAGGCCCCUGGCGACUCUACGCCGUGGCGUGAUGUCUCUUCACCAGUCAACAGGUUCCGCGCGUGGUGGUUGGCGCCGGCGGCCAAAGGAAGUGUUAUCGCUGCCUGGUGCUUAACAUGUGUGAUCAGCGCAUAUUGCUUCAGCAUUCAACAAGAUGCAAAAGGGACUUACCUUCUGAAUAAUGUUCUGCUUCGCAAUUUGCACGAAGAGUCACAGAGAGCUAACGCCAACGAGGGACGCGCGGGUGAGCUACAAGAGGCGAUGCGGCAGUAUCUUUCGGAGGAAAAGAGCCGCAAGCGAAGCGCCGCCAAGCUGGAGGAGUAUGUGGCGUCUAGCGAAAAGAUGAAAGCCGGGAUUGUGAAUUAUGAGUUAGAACUGGUACGAGAGCGAGGAAGAGCCGAUGCCACACACGAGCGUAAUCAGCAGUUACUGAAGGAACUGAUGUCUGUGCGACGAGAAAUGGCGCAGGUUCAGAAGGACAACGCGACUUUGGCUAUGGAGGUAGAGAAAUUGCAGCGGUUACUGAAGCGUGUCGGUCAGCUAUAA